AUGAUUGACGAUCACCAACAGCAGAUUGCUCUGGGAAUUGUGGUCGCAUUCCCGAUUUUAGGCGGUAUUGCUAUUGUUCUACGACUCUGGGCUAGAUCUUUGUCGAGAUCUGCACUGACAAGUGAUGACUACUUGAUUAUCGCGGGAUAUAUUCUUGCCGCCUCGCAAUCAGUUACUUCGUGGUACUACAUAAAAACCAACUAUGUCGGUAUUCACCAGUGGGAUGUACCCAAGGACUAUGAUGUUAAACUGGGUCUUAUUUGGAACUACGCCAACCAACUCCUCUACAACCCAUGCUUAACGCUCAUCAAAGUCUCAAUCCUGGCGUUCCUACGCCGACUGGAAUCGCGUUCUCGGGUCGUCAAUAUCCUCAUCUGGACCUCCUUGGCUAUAGUAAUGGCCCUCUUCAUUUCCGUCCUCUUCGUCGACAUCUUUCAAUGCCACCCCAUCGCCUACAACUGGGAUAUGACAAUCAGAGGCGGCAAAUGCAUCAACCAAGGCGCCUUCUACGUAUCAACCGCAGCACUCAACCUCUUCACCGACCUGAUGGUUAUCUCAAUCCCCAUCAUAAUCACAUGGAACCUCCAUAUGCCCCUUCGAAGAAAAAUAGCCGUAUGCUUAAUCCUAUGCCUCGGCGGAGUAGCCACGGCCAUCGGCGUCUGGCGCAUAGUUAUCCUCGCAAAGGCCUUCUUCCCAAAAGGUCCCGUAAGCGACAGAACCUACCAAAUAGGCUUCUGCAGCUCCGCCGUCGAAGUAAACGUCGCAGUCAUCACAGCUUGUGCCCCCUCCAUGAAGGCAAUCGCAAGCAAAUUCCUCCCACGUCUCCUCGGUACAUCCAAAAAUGGAAAGUCGAGCUACGCGGCCGAUGCGAGUGGUGGGUCGCGGGGGAUCUGGAAAUCGCGCUUCUUUCACAGCAGUGGGAAGUCGAGUCAGUUGCAGUCUGGUACUGAGGAAGGGUAUGAGAUGGCGGAUCCGAAGCGUGGGAAUCGGGUGGAUGUUGUGGGCGCUGGGGACUUUAAUAUGCGGAAGUAUCGACGAGGUGGUGAUAGUCCGUCUAUAUCUAGUGGGAGUAUAGAGCUUGGGCCGCCUGGGAUUGUUAAGACUACGGAUGUUUCUGUGCAGUAUAGUAUGGGGGAGGUCACGCCUUCACAUACUGAGGAUGGGAUAUCGCGUGAUGAGAAACAAGGUAGUCUAUCCGACCCUACGCUUCUACACUUCGACUCAUUCAUCGGCAACAAAUGGGUCGAAUCAAAGAGCGGCCAGCGCUUUGAAGUCCUCGAUCCCGGCACCGACAAAGCCUGGGCUAGCUGCCCAGCAAGUACAAUCGACGAUGUCCCAGCAGCUGUCGAAAUAGCCCACACGGCAUUCGAAUCAUUCCGCAAAGUGAACCCCCGACAGCGCGCAAAGUGGUUACUAAAAUGGCACGACCUCGCCACCCAAGCAAGAGAUGAUCUCGCUCAAAUUGUCACACACGAAACAGGCAAACCACUCGCAGAAGCAUACGGCGAGCUCGACUACUCACUCGGCUUUCUCUGGUGGUUCGCCGGCGAAGCAGAGCGCAUCCAUGGCACAGUAUCGAUAGCCGCGGCGCCGAACCGCCGUAUCUUCACCGUGAAGCAGCCUAUCGGCGUAGCAGCAGCGCUCGUACCGUGGAAUUUCCCGGUCGCGAUGGUUCUUCGCAAAGUCGGUGCUGCGUUAGCGGCAGGCUGCACGAUGGUAGUGAAGCCGAGUCCUGAAACGCCCAUCUCAGCACUCGUUCUUGCUGAAUUGGCGCACCGGGCGGGCAUUCCUGCUGGCGUGUUUAACGUCCUAACUACCGAUUUAGAGAAUACGCCUUCCCUGAGCGAGGCGCUCUGUAAGCAUCCGCUUGUUAAGAAGGUGACAUUCACGGGCUCGACGCGGGUGGGUAAGCUUGUUGCGUCACACUGUGCGCACGGGCUUAAGAAGGUAACGCUCGAGUUGGGCGGGAACUGUCCUUUUAUCGUUUUUGAUGAUGCGAAUCUGGACCAGGCGCUGGAUCAGCUCAUGACUCUGAAAUGGCGCCAUGCGGGCCAGGCGUGUAUCACUGCGAACAGGAUAUAUGUCCAGGCGGGGAUUUAUGAUCGCUUUGCUGCGCUUUUGACGGAGCGGACUGCGGCCCUGGUCGUUGGGCAUGGAUCUGCUAAGGAUACCACGAUGGGGCCGCUGACUACGCCGCGCAGUAUUGAUAAGGCCAUUGCUCAGGUGGAGGAUGCGCGUAGUCUUGGCGCGAAGAUUCUGCUCGGUGGAAAAGCACGAAGCUCGGAACCGGGGUAUUUCUUCGAGCCGACCAUUCUCUCUGGUAUGACGAAGGAUAUGCAGAUUUCGCAUGAGGAGUCAUUUGCCCCCAUUGCUGCACUCUAUCGCUUUGAGACUGAGGAUGAAGCGGUGACGAUGGCGAAUGCUACUAGCAUGGGAUUGGCAAGUUAUGCAUUCACGAAGAACAUCGAUCGAAUGUGGCGUCUGUUGGAAAAUCUUGAGGCGGGUAUGAUUGGAAUGAACACCGGUCUAGGGAACCAAUCAGCGGCCGAGUCGCCGUUUGGUGGAAUGAAGGAAUCGGGUUAUGGUAAGGAGAGCGGCAAGGAUGUUGCGGUGCAGGAGUACCUGAUCACUAAGACGGGAACUUUGACGAUUGAGGGGCAAUAUUAG